CUGGUGGCACUGACUGGCAGCACUGCUGGGCUGCACUGGUGGGUGGCACUGGUGGGGCAGCACUGGUGGGUGGGCACAGGUGGGUGGCACUGGUGGGCACAGGUGGGUGGGCACAGGUGGGUGGCACUGCUGGGCACAGGUAGGUGGCACUUCUGGGCACAGGUAGGUGGCACUGCAGAGUGGCACAGGUGGGCGGAGCUAGUGGGCGCACUGCAGGGCACAGGAGGGCGGAACUUGCGGGUGGCACUGCUG